AUGGCCGCAAGUUCAGAAAAGAGAAAGACUAUUCAGCUUAAGGCACUCAAACCUGAUGUUAGUGUGGUCAUGAACUGUUUGAAAGAAAUGCCUACCAUCUUCAAGAAGGCUUUGAUAGGAAGGUUUGGCCAGGUGACCGAUCUGCUGAUGAUUGAAGUACAGGUCCCUGCUAUUACGGCUUUGGCACAAUUUUAUGAUCCGCAAAUGAGAAGCUUCCUAUUUCAAGAUUUCUACUUGACACCUGCUAUUGAAGAGUUUGAGGGGUUCCUAGGUUUCCCGGUCAAGGGUAGGGCACCUUAUACUAUGAUAGGGCAGGCUCCGGAAGUGGAAGAAUUGGCCGAUGCUCUCAAAAUAUCGAUUUCAAUAGCCAAAGCUGGUUGGAAGAAAAGAGAAGAUUUCUUUGGCUUUAGAAGCAUUGUACUAGAGAAAGAAGCAAUUAAGAUGUUAAAGAACAAACAAUGGGAUGCUUUGGUGAAUGUAUUGGCUCUCCUCAUCUAUGGGCUAGUAUUGUUUCCCACUUUCGAAGAUUUUGUUGAUUCUGCAGCUGUCAGCAUAUUUUGGGCCAUUUGGAAGAAGGAGCAAAGCCCGGUACACCCUCUCUUGGCUGAUAUUUUCUACACUUUACACCUUCGCCAUGAAAGAAAAGGUUCAGUGUUGACAUUUUGUCUCCCUAUCCUCUACAAAUGGCUCACUUCUCACAUACUCAAACGUCACGCCGCCGUCCCUACUUUAAACAGUGGGGAAUGGGCUCAAUUUCUAGCAUCUAUCUCUGAAAAGAACAUCACCUGGUACCCAAACAAGUUGGAAGUAAGUGAAAUCAUCAUGAGUUGUGGUAGUUUUUGCAACGUACCGUUGAUCGGAUCAAAAGGUUGUAUAAGCUAUAACCCUAUACUAGCCAUACGACAAUUUGAGUACCCAAUGUUAGGGAAGCCUGAAGACAAAGAACUAGAAGAAAUGAUCCUCCAUGAGAGAGGUGCCAAAGAUCCCUCACUUCUCUGUCAGAUUGUACGAUCUUGGCAGAAAGUUCAUACUAAAGGAUCAGAUUUGAGAAGAAGGGAUGGUGUGACCAGGAUGCCUUUUCGACAAUGGGUUCUAGAAAGGGUCAAAAUAGUUAAGCUCCCCUUUUCUAUUGAGGCACCUCCUAAACUCACCACUCCGCAACCGGUACCUGUAUCAGUCGAAGAAGUGGAAGAGAUGAGAGUCAAGAUAGCCCAGCUAGGGAAAGAAAACAAAGAUUUACAAGUCAAGCUUCAAAAUGUGACUAAUGAAAAGAAUCACAUGAGGUAUGAGAUCGAGAGGAAGGAUAAGCGAAUUGAAGAGAUGGGAAGCAAGAUUAAUGAAGAAAAGGGUAAAAGGAAAAGGACCAAAGUAUGUAUCAACCAGGCUGAUAGCUGCUUAGAAUCCCUCAAAGAGCAGCUGGACCACGCUCAUAGAAAAUGGCGAGAGAACGAACAGUGGUACCUUCUAGCCACUAAACAGAAUAAGGAGAUCAGAGAGACAUUAGGAGCAGAAAUCAAGACACUUGAUGCUGCACUACGUCAAUCAAGAGCUGACGAAGAUAGAGAACGUCAACUCAAGGAAGAAGCCCUAAACUCAUCUUGGGUUAAGCCAGAAGACUGGUGUAAGAUGUGUAUUGACCUGGAUGAGCUCAAGAAAUUUAUUAAAUAUCAGGAGAAUCAGAUAGGAGCUAUUAAGGAAGACCAAGCAAUUUGGUCUGCCGGAAGAGACCAGUUAGCUCGAGAUGUUGCGGCAUAUGAGCAAUCCAUUCACAUCAUGAAGGAUAACCGAGAUGCAUACCGCAACAAACUAAAUGGGUUGGUGGAAUUUUGUAACUGGUUGGCCAAAGAUCUGAUAUGGAAACAUCGAGAUGCUAUGGAAGCCAUAGACGACUCUACCGCUCCGGCUAUUUAUGAGUUUAUAUGUGUGUGCAAGGAAAUGUUGGCAAGAUUCAAGGAAGAGCUCAAGGAGCGUGAAGCACGAAGAAAUGAAGCUUGA